UCCUGUGAAAGCUGCUCAUAGCGGCGCAACGAUGCAGCCGCCGUGUCUGAGGAAGAACAUGCGGAGGGAAAUAUAACUGAACAGCGUUUAUCAGUUGUUUUUGUAAUAUCAGUGUGACUAUCUGUGGGAAUGGCUGAGCCUUUACUGAAGAGGACCUUGUCCAAACUGAGGGGUAAAGACAGAUCCCGUCGUAAAACUGACCCCAGACUCAACGAUGGGCCGAGGAAGACGGAGCUCGUCCACAGCUCUUCGUCGUCCUCGGUGACGGAGAUGGAAGAGGAAUGCACCAGACACACACAAAUCACAGUCUCCAAAAAAUUGAACUGGGCCAAACUCUCAUCCGUCUCUCGGGAUGUCGAGCAGCUCUCAAAAUUGAGCUUGGCGUCUCAAGAGCGAGAAAGCUGCACAAGCAAAGCCCAGGCUUCCAAACAGGCCUCUUUCAGAGAGAAUGGGUCCGAUUGGAGAUGGAAAGAUCUACAUAAAGACGGAACCUACCCCAGAGCUUGCCAGAAAGCCGACACAGCCGACGGGGCAGAUACGGUUGACGCAGGACUUCCAGAGUUAGUAAUGCCUCCGGUCACUGAGUACUGCACCUCCUUGGGCAUGGGUAAGCACUCUGGGCAGGGAGUGUACCUCCAGCACCUGGAGAGGAGUAGCAGAGCUUGGGUGUUGUCUUCAGGAAAGACCCAGGCUCCAGAUGAAGCCUACACAGUCUGCCUCACAGAGCGAAAACACACGACUGUGAGCGAGAGCAACAUUUGGUACAACCCAAUCCCAGAAGAAGAGGACGCUCGGGUCAGCGUAGAGAAGCUGAAGCUGAAGGAGAAAGAGAAGGAUGUGCUUGAAGAUCCUUGGAGAAGGAGAGGCAUGGAGGGUGCACAAGAGGAUCAGAAAGAUGUUCUUCCACACUCUCACAUUCACCCUGAUGGUUAUUACCCGGGUGGCAGCAGCGGAGGUGCCGGUGCUGUUAGUGAAAUUGCUAGUGGAGCUGCCAGCGGUUCAGCAGGCUCUUCUGGAAGUCCUGGAGCACAAACGAAAAUCUCAGGAGGAACCACGAGCACCAGCAGCAUGAUGGAGAAGAUUAAAUCUCCCGGCACAGUACGGCGUCUCUCUAUGAAGAUGCGCAAGCUUCCAGAACUGCGCCGUAAGCUCAGCCUGCGCUCCUCACGUAACCAGCGACACCUUCAAGGACAAGGGGGUGGCAGUGAAGCGCAAGGGGGUGCCGAUGAGGCCUCACCCCCCAACGCACGUAAAGAAUCCUCCAACAAUGUCAUCAGCAGGUACCAUCUAGACACCAGUGCUCCCGCCAGACCGAGGCGUCGAUCGUCACGCGUGCGUUCUGCUAACAAAGGCGGAUAUCUUAGCGAUGGCGACUCCCCUGAGCUUCUACCCAAGCAGGAUUUGAUUCAAGGGUCUCAGGGAUCAGGGCAAGACACACAGGAGUCUCCACAACCUCCUCCACACCGCGGGUGGCAGGAUGCGGUCGGGUCAUUCCGGCACUACUCGCUCGCAGAGCAACCGAAAUGCGCCCAGAGAGUGUCAGGGCUCCUCACGGUUCAUCUGCUUGGUGUCUCUGAACUUGUGCGAUCUCGCACAGCUAAAGACAUCUUCUGUGCCAUCCAGGUGGACGGAGUGACACGAGCUCGCACCGCUUUACUCAACUGCCAGGAGUCGUCACUCCCACUAAACCACACCUUCAAUCUGGAGCUGGAGAGAGCACGCAUGCUAAAGCUGAUUGUUCUCACACCAAGUGCUAACAAUGUGGAUCGGACCACGGGCCCCGGUGGUCAAACACGCAACCGGGUAUGUUGCCUGGGCACUGUGGCAAUCCCUCCUCUGUUUAAAGCCUCUCGGACUCAGCAGCUGUGUGUGAAGCUGGAGCCGAGGGGUUUGCUGUAUGUGAAGCUGACUCUGUUGGAGCAGUGGGAGGCGCCGCCACCGCGCCUCAGCGAGCUGCCUCCACCCUCCGUAUUCGGUGUGGAGUUGCGCCACCUGGUGGAGAAAGAGGCCUGCAUUUCCAAAGUGCCUCUCAUCAUUCAGAAAUGUGUGGCUGAGAUCGAAAAGCGGGGACUCAAGGUUGUGGGUUUGUAUCGUCUCUGUGGCUCUGCGGCUGUUAAGAAGGAGCUGCGGGAUGCGUUUGAGAAGGACAGUGCGACCAUCACUCUCGAUGAAGAGCUGUACCCUGACAUCAACGUCAUUACAGGCAUUCUGAAGGAUUAUCUGCGCGAGCUGCCUUCGCCGCUCAUCACACGGACUCUGUAUGAGGUGGUGCUGGAGGCCAUGUGUGUGAGACCAGCAUGCAGGAGCGACGACACACACAGAUCACACAACACCGUCACCCUGCUGCAGUGUCUACCUGAACCAGAGAGGGCCACACUGUCUCUCCUGUUGGAUCAUCUUAGUCUGGUGGCUUCCUUCAGUGACUGUAAUCUGAUGACAUGUCAGAACCUUGCUGUGUGUUUCGGCCCUGUUUUGCUCACUCCGACACAGGACUCGUGGAAAGGAGCAGGACUGGGGGCUUUCCCAUCAGCUCCUGUGGGACAUGGACGAAGCUUUACACAGCAGAGCAUGGAAAUGGCCAGUGCUGUGGACUUCAAGCGGCACAUCGAAGCUCUGCAUUAUCUGCUGCAGCUCUGGCCAAUCCCAACAGGAAGAGUGACAGAUCGGUCACCCUGCCGUUCAGAGGAUGAAGAGACUCCUCCUCCUCUCUCCCAGAAUUCCCUACAGCUUUGUGGUCAGCGGCCGUUGUUACGCGUGGAGCUGCCGUUACCCCAGGAUGUAGCGGUCGUGUCACGUCGAGGGCGUGGCCGUCUGGAAAGCCCACCAUGUAACCGCUAUGCCGGUGACUGGAGCGUGUGUGGGCGGGACUUUCUGACCAACAACGACGCUGAUUAUGACGAGGUGGCAGGCAGCGAGAGCGACGAGGACGAGGAGAAGAAAAAAGACUGGGUGUACACGGACGAUUUUGCGCUGGACUUUGAAGCGCCGUUUACAUGCAGACUGAGUCUGAAAGACUUUGAUAACCUAAUAUUAGAUCUGGAGCGUGAACUCGCCAAACAGAUAAACUUCUGCCUCUGAGCACGGCCUCUACCUAAACCCUGUAUCUGCAGUGCACUGAAGGCAAUCAGCAGGAAAUACACAAUUUAAAUAUGUCUUAUGAUUAGAGCCACCAUUAUUAGCUCAGAUGGUGUUCAUCAGCCAAGACAUGAUGCGCCUCUAAACUUGGAAUAUGCUUUAUUAUUAUUAUUAUUAUUAUUAUUAUUAUUAUUAUUGUGUUUGCUCUGAACCUACGAGGCUAAUGUAGCUAAGUAAUGGACGCUCCAGUUUAGCGCUGUGAAAAUCUGCAAACCUUCCAAAAAAAGCCCUCACAUUGCAAUAAUUUCAGACCGUCGUGAUUAUGCGCAUCAACUUUUUACUUUACAGCACACUUAUCUUUAGAAAAAUGACAACAUGACCUGACGGAGCUAAAAACAGUUGUAGCAGCUGCCAUCUUAUUUCAUCAACAAAAUAAUCAGCCUCACCUAUAAGUUGAAAAAAUGGGAGGCUUAACGAUGCUGACGGAUGAUUUGGAUGAUAAUACAGUUCACAUUUUAUUUCUUCUUUAAAAAUAUGCCAUUUUAUGAAAACAUUGAAUAUUAUCCUUUAUGCAUGUCGUCUUCGCGGUGCUACACUGGAGGCUGUAGGUUUUCCCAGUUUAUUAGCCUUACUGUAGCUUCAGGAGAAAAACUGAAGAAGCGAGCUGCAGACACCUUCAUGUCUUGGCUGAUUGGUGAAAGGGAUUCAAGCCUGGAGGUUGUACAUAAUUGCAUAAUUAGAGACCUGAUGCUAGAAAAAUGCACUGCAGAUACAGGCGUUCAUGUGGGCGCUAUAAUAUUGAAGGUCGACGAAAAGCAGCUUCUUCUGCUUUAGUAAAGUGUGAAGUUAUAUUUAAUAGAAAGCCAGACAGGUGUGUGUGUGUGUAGGGCAAGUCAAAUCCUGCAGAUCCUCAAAAGCGCAGAGGUUAGUUUCCAUUCCUUAAUCAAACACAACACACGAUUCAUCUACAGACUGAGUAGUAAAUGUUGCUUAACGCAGCGCUUGCCAGAUGGCACAAAUCAUUAGCUCUGUUAAAGCAGGAACAAAUUGGAAGACCUGAGAGCAUCAUAACUGCAUUAUUAACCGAAGAUAAUGUAGACGGUCGUAUCGUGUUCCCUUCAGGAGGCAGCUGCUUAGACAGGUGUCCAUUUGGAAAGCUCAUUAAUAAGGUCACUCGUCUUAAUCAGAUUUGUACGGAUGAUCACACUUGAGGUCUUAUCCAGCAUGACUUCCAUUUAUCUCAUUUAUACAGCUGAGCAGUUGAGGAUCAAGGGCCUUGCUCAAGGGCCACGCAAUGGCAGCUUUAGUGAUCCUGGGAUUUGAACUCGUAACCUUUCAAUCAGUAGUUCGACAUCUUAACCUCAUUUAUCAGGAUAAGUGAAUUGUAUUAAACAGGAAUUAUGAGAAGCAAAAGAUUUAUUUCUAUAGUUAACACGAGCAGAUUUGUGAGAUUGCCCGCAUAACUGGUCAUAAGUGUUAUAAUUAUACGUGAUUUCCCUUAGACUACAGUAAAUUGCCAACACUAGCAAUUAGCUGUAGCUUUUUUAAAAGUACUAUUAAUAUUAUAAAACAUCCAAGAGUCAAGUUCUUGUUAUCGCUUAUAUAAUAGCAGCUGUAAACAGUCAUCCCUUCAUCAGCCCCUCUAUCUUUUUCUCUCUUGGAGUAAAUAAGACAAAAAUAAAUGCAGGUUCUCAUGUUACCAAAGAAACACGUUCAGAACACGAGCGUGUUAAUAUAAAAUGUGGUGUAAAGCCAAAAUAUUGAACGUUAGAAGACUAUUGAGUAAAACUUGUUGCGCUCCCUGUGUCGUAGUGACGAAGUUCUCUCUGUCUGCCGUCAUUCAUACAGCCUAAUACCACUAAGAUGGUUGAAUUCUCUAAUCCGAUUAGUCAGAAGGUGUGGGUUAAUUCUGUACAACAGCGUGACUUGGACAGGAGUUCCAGCUGUGAAAUAAAAGAUAAGUUAAUAUCGGUUCACUCAUCUGAAUCUGCUAACAGCUUUCCUACUUCACAGCCCUGUACAGUAUGUGAUAGUUUUCACCAUCCCUAGGUGCUAGGUGUAGAGCAGAUUUAGCUAGUAGGUACAGUAGGAACUGAAAGGAAAAAAAUCUGAGUGCUUUUGCAGCUGCCUCCUAAAGUAAAAAGUGAUCUGAGAGAUUUCUGUCAUCUCCACGAAUAAAUGUAGUUUCAUGUGGGCUUUACAAAUUUAGUUUCAGCAUUGUAAAUGUUUCAGCAUUACAAAUUCUAAACAAUCUUGGUCAGAAUUUACACUUCAUUACUGACUUAUUUGUGCUAUCUACAAAUUGUUAGGGCUAAAUCUGGACUUUCAAUCCCUGACUAUUGAUUUAAAGGAGCAGGAAAGCCUGUGCAGUGCCUAUUUAUGCACGUCUCCUUUCCCCUGAAAUAAAUCCUCCUAUCCAGUGUGACCUGCCAGCGGCACUUGAGCCAAAUAUUGUGUAAAGUUUUCCACUGGGACAUUCCGUUACAGGUCCGGUGUUAAUGCUCGGGAUGCUUUACCCGUUCUGUUCCUGCGUUCAGAAAUAUUACGUUUUAUAAGCAUGCUGAUGUGUUUCCUGUGCCAAAUAGCCCUCAGUGAUGCCUUAAUGAAAACGCAAUCUUCUCUUUAACUUAACUGAAGCCUAUUAGCCAACACAAAGACUUCUGAAUAUUUUGGUCUCUAGUGACGCUCCUAACCUUUGAGCUACCAGGCAGGUGUUUGGAUUCCUGUAAUAAUCAGUAUUAGCUGUUUUCAAAUAGAAGGAUUAUUUACUUAAUUUGCACAGUUCACUUAGAAGAAAGAAGAAAGAAUGAGCAAAAGAAGAAUCCAUGUAUGCAGGAUCAUUUAGUCUCAAGAACAAGCACAACGUGGAUCAGCUAAUCAGGAUGGACACACACACUAUUUUUUAAAAACUUCCAGACCAAAGACACAUUUGAUGGUUGUUUUGCACUUCUUUAUUGCGCAUUUGGUUAUUUGACAUCGCUGCUUACUUGGUCGAGCGCAGUACACGGUGUUGCCGUUGCUGGUGUAGCACUGUUUCUUUAUCAUUAUCAUUGGAGCACGGUACAUAUAUUUAUCUGACUGUGAUUUUAGUUAAUUAAAAAAAAAGUAAAGAUUAAAAAAAAAAAAAAAAAAAAGGACAUGGAAUUGAAGGCCAUUAUCGAGCAGGGGUUUUGUUUAUCAUGCAAAAACGCUGUAAUCAUUUUUAUUCUAUUUGUUUGUACUAUACAGUAUUAUUUUGUAUUGCACAUUUACAGCAAGCACUUAUUUUUUGUGUAUUAUGCCUCUGUGUACUAUUGUAAAAACUCUUAAAUUGGUACCUUUAAGUACCCUUCAGUGUUAACCAAAUACAAGUAAAAGCACAGUAUUAUAAGUCAUAAUUAUAUUCAA